GGUUUUGAAAUGGUUUGUGGCGAGACGAGCGCGGAGGGCGUACAGGCGUGGGUAUUGUUGACAUUGGCUUGACUGUUAGGUUGGUACCAUUGUCGCUGCAGGGCUGUGGCUGCGUUGCGAGUAGGCUGUGCCAGGGUGUGGGCGUGUGUGUGCGCGCAACUCGUGUGCUCCGAGUGACGAAAAACAAGCUUCGUCUUACUCCUAAUUUUGGUUUUUAUUGCGAAAACUGAUGCAAUUUCAACUACAAUGUCCGAAGACAAGUUGCUGCCUAAGAAGAAAGCUAAACUACUUCUGAAAAACAUCUCCAGUGGUGAUCCUUCUCCUGCACUUCACCAUUCACCGUCGUCAUGCGCUCCACCAGCGAGUGUGCUGUCUGUUCCAAUAAUCGCCACAGUGUGUCCGACAGAAAACUUUGGACCAAGCUACAGUACUGAUAAUGCCACACCUCAAGUUACACCUUUUCAAGGUUAUCUUCCAAUUGUAACUGGGUCCAAUGAUCCUCAUCCCAUUGAAGCCGUGAGUUUGCAAACCACCAGUGGUUCUCAAGAAAUACCAUCCACUGCUGAGACUGAGAAAACAUUUUACAGUCAUGUAAAUAUUGACAACAUACAACUUCAAUCUAUGACAGAAGUUCCAUCAUUUCAGUCAACGAUAAUUUCAAGCGACAACCUAAUCAUUUCAGGGUUUCAGCAAGUGGAAUUGCAUUGGAGUGACUUUUUGAACGUCCCUGCGUUACUGGAUCCUGACACUGGUUCAACAGGUGAUAUCCCUGCUGGUAUCUCAUCUCCAGCGUUUCCACAUCAAGAGUGGCCUACGGAAGACACUACACCUGAAUCAGUGAAUGUUUUGGGAAAUGAACAAAUGGACACUCUAGUUUCUAUUCUUGCAUUUGCUCAAUCAGUAAAAAUGAGUGGAGCUGAUUUAUGUAAGCUUUUAGAUCUGCUACAUGUUAUUUUUCCAGAAAGCAGUAAAACACUGCCUUACACCAAGCAUAUGUUUUUUAGCUCUCUAAAGAUAGAUCAAAAUCCAGUGGAAAUUUCAUACUAUUGCAAUGUGUGUUGGAAACAAAGAGAGAAUUCUAAAGAUGUGUGUAGCUGCAAAAAUAGCAAGGUAAAAUAUUUUAUUACUUGCUCCAUUCAGUCUCAGCUUGAGAAAAUUUUUAAAAGAGAAGGUAUUAAAGAUGAGCUUAACCACAGGUUUUCAAGAACAAAGGUGCAUCCAGAAAACAUUGAGGAUAUAUAUGAUAGCAAUGUGUAUAAAACAGCUGAAGUGAAUUUUUUGAAUGGUACUCUAAAUAUUUCUUUAACUUGGUACACAGAUGGGAUUUCUAUUUAUGAGUGUAGUACUUACUCUUUGUGGCCCUUUGUGUUUGUCAUAAAUGAGCUCCCGCUUCAUUCUCGUUUCAAACCAGAAAAUUUAAUACUUGCUGGUCUGUGGGGAGAUUGUGAAAAGCCACAUCCAAACAUUUUUCUUUUGCCCAUGUAUAGAGAACUGUCCAAAUUGUACACAGAUGGUUUUAAAGUAGACAAUGAAGUUGUAAAGGUUUGUGUUUUGGCUGGCACUUGUGACAUUCCAGCCAAAAGUACCUUCAUGAAUAUGAAAGGCCAUGCAGGCUAUGAAUCAUGUCCUAAGUGUUUUAUUGUAGGUGAGAAGAGUGAGAGAACAGGCAUGGUCACAGUGUUUCCUCAUGCAGAUGAAUUGAUUUUAAGAAAUGCUGAUAAUUACAAAGAAUGUGUGCAGACCAGUGUUCAAACAAAAAAAGAUUCAAAAGGAGUGUACGGGCCCACUAUUUUGUCGUAUAUGACUUGUUCUGAUUUUAUUGAAUCUGUUGCUGUGGACAGCAUGCAUUGUGUAUUCAUGGGAGUUUGUAAACAACUGCUGAAUUUGUGGUUCAACCCUAAAUUUGCAUCAAAACCUUUCUCCCUUGUUGAAAGAACUGCUGAAGUAAAUAUUGCGCUCCAAAGUUUAAAAUUACCCCAUUUUGUUCAACGUUUGCCUGAGGAUGUUACCAAGCUGGGUUAUUGGAAGGCUUCACUGUGCCGAAACUUUCUACUAUAUUUUGCGUUGCCAAUCAUGAAUGGUAUUAUGAAGGCAGAUUAUUAUAAUAAUCUGUCAUUGCUUGUUGAAGGCCUUUCUCUUUUAGAUAAGCAAAGUAUUUUUCCUGCUAAUACUGUAACGGCAGACAACGACCUGAAAAGUUUCUGUUCCGGUUUCGAGAAUCUUUAUGGUGUUCGUAACAUGUCAAUGAACAUACACCUUCUGCGGCACUUGGCUAAGUCUGUGGAAGAUACUGGAAAUUUGUUUGUUACUAGCUGUUACCGGCUUGAGGAUUUCAAUGGCAAAGUGUCUGCUCUGGCUCAUGGCACACAACAUGCUCCUCAACAAAUUGUUACUAAUUUUUCUUACUUGACAGAAUUGCCUGGGCUAAUCUCUAAAAUGCAAAACAGUGAAGCAAAACAAUUUUGUAAGAAUAUUCUUAAGAAGAGCAUAAAUUUUGUUCUGAAGGAGAAAAUUUGUGCCAACACCUAUGUAGUAGGCGAAAUGGACUCUAACUUGGAAUAUCGUGAUUGCCUCUCUACUUUUUCUGUGCCCAAUGGUGAAAUGUAUCAUGGACAGAUUUUAACUUUUGUUAAAACUACUUUGCACAAUGUUUGCCAGUAUUUUGCUCUAGUUUCUUGCUCAGUAGAUGAGCCAUCUGAUGUAAAGGGUUAUGUACUAUUUCAAGCAGGAGAUAUGCUUUUAAUUCCUGUUCAGCAAUUGUGUGGUGUGACAUUCUGUAUACAUUCAAAUAGCAAGAAAUAUCUGAUUGAUCCUUUGAAUAAUUUUGAGCUAGAAUAA